AUGCAGGCAAUCACAGCAAGGAGUCGACCAGUACUAAGGAGCGCUCAGCUCUGCUUCCGCUAUCGCUAUGCGACCGACGCACCCUCUUCGGCACCGCCGCUACUUCUCAAACUCCGCUCCGACCUGAAGACGGCCAUGAAGGCCAAAGACACCAACCGUCUCAACGUAUUGCGCGGUCUGCUGGCCGAAGUCACCAACGCCGCAAAGACAGCACAGCCUCUCGACUCAGACAUGAAGCUCCUGGGUCUGUUGCGCAAGCGUACGUCGGCAGCCACGCAAGCAGCCAAGGAGUUCUCCGACGCUGGAAGAGCAGACUUGACGGAAAAGGAAAAUGCUGCCAUCAAGGUGUUGGAGGAAUACGCUGGCAACGUCGAGACUGUGGGUGAAGAUUACAUCAAGGAGGUUGUGCAGAGCACCAUCAACAGCAUCAAGGCUGAGGCCCAAGGUGCAAAGGUCGUCAUGGGCGAUGUGCUCAAGAAGCUGUUGGCUCCUGGUGGCAUCUUCGAGGGCAAGGCCGUCGAGAAGUCUCAGGUCGCAAAGGCUGUCAGACAGUUCUUGGACACAAAGUGA